AUGAAAAUCAAUGAGAGUAUCAUGGAAAAGCAGUUGGAAGGAAUUUGGGAUUACGCCGUAAGUUUUCUCAACCAAAAUGAUCUUCUAUCACUUGGACGCACUAAUACGCAUCUUCAUGAGAUCACACAGAGAAGUAUCUAUCGAAAAAUUGUAAUAUCCAAAGAUCCGGUUCUUAGGUCUCCAGAAUGGUUUUUGGACUGCGGGAGCACGUAUGUGGCUGGGUACCGUUCGCUGCGCAAAACAGCGGAUCAAAACGACCUGUUUUUGCAUGAUCGCAUCGUAAGAUUGACAGAAAGCCCCCAUUUGGGUCUGGUCGAAGAAUUGGUGAUUCAAGAUGAUGUUUUUGAGGACAAAGAGGCAGGACACAAGGUUCCCAAAGAGCUUUUGAACAAAUUAAUGGAUUUGGACCGUCUCAAAGUACUGGACGUGAGAGAUACCCAGCUUUCGUCUGAGAUUCGCUCGCGAUACCUGCAGCUUUCCAACUUACAGCAAUGCCAGGUGGUAAACAUCACGGAUCUCGGCCAAUUGAAAUCGCUCGAAAAAAUCAAGUCCAUGGAAUUACUUUUGACAAGUCCCGAUUUCGAUGCCUGUAGCUUAACAGAGGAAAUUAGAUUAUUUCUGGCGUCUAAUCUACAGGAAUUAGUGGUAGACGACUUGGAACACUCAGCCUUGCGAUUAUUUCAAUUUUUCCAUGACCAUAAUCUGUCGCUCAAAGCUGUCAGAUCCUUGAAAUUCAAUCAUGUGCACGGAAUUCACGAUUACAACAAGACCAUUCGAGAGCUGGUUGCGGACUUUCUGGCAAGCGUCUUUGACCUAGAGAAACUGGAGCGAUUGGAAUUCGAAGGUUCUUGCGAAGUGGAGGAUUGUAACUGCUUCCAAGAUUUCUUGAUGGAUUUGGCGCCGCAUCUCCGCAAUUUGCGAGAGCUCGGACUCAUAGAAAAGACAUUUAUCACUCAGGGGGACCAUUACACCGAGGAAAAUUGGGAUUUGGCAAUCAACAAAUUCAUUUUCCACUUGCCAGACGUUUCAAACACGCUUCAAAAACUUGCAAUUCGCCACAAUCCGCCUUUAAAUGGCAUCCAGAAAGAUUCCGUAGAAGGCAAUUACGUGAGGCGGCGUACCCUGUAUGACAACGUUUUGCCCAAACUUUUGAAUCUGCGGUCUCUUAUCGCACCCACGCUUCUCCGCUCUCUAUCGUCUUACGAAGUGCUUAUGUGCGAUAUGCUGUGGAACGGGUGCGAGUGCGAUGAUUGUUCCAGAGUUCUGCCGAUCAUCGAUCAGUUUAUCAUGAACCAUCAAUAUUAUUCUUCGCCAGAUGGUUGCUACAAGGAUAUUAUUCCAACAGUCUUUAUGUCUUACUCGGGAGACGCCAUAUCGCGACGUUUCAUCACAGAGACGGAUUGGGACCUAAAAACAUGGCAGACAUGUCCAGUGACCGCCAACUGGGACCUCCAUGGUUACGAAAACAUUCACCAUUUCCACGAUUAUGUGUGUCGGUUCGACGAAUCCGUUUACGUGGCGUUUACGAAAUGCGUCGCACAUUUCUUCAAUUCCUACAUGGAUCAUCUCGUCAACUAUCUACCACUUCUGCGAUCUUGCGUCCUGUCAGGUAUUUACUAUACCGUGGACGAUUCAAAUACAUACAAGUCUAUUUACGAUUAA